AUGACCUGGAGAGAGGCUCAGAGCUACUGCAGGAAACACCACACAGAUCUGCCCAGUGUGAAGAACCAGAGCGAGAACAAUGUAUAACAGAACCUAAUGCCUGGCAGUGGUCUGAUGUGGAUCGGCCUGUUCAGAGACUCCUGGAAGUGAACAGAACAGAGUGACUCAUCGUUCAGAUACCGGGGUCCCAACCAUCCCAUUAGUCGCUUACGGAAUCAGAACUGUACUGCAGUAUGGGAAGGAGUAUGGACAGAUCAUCCUUGUACAGUUGAAGUCGGAAGUUUACAUACACUUAGGUUGGAGUCAUUAAAACUCAUUUUUCAACCACUCCACACAUUUCUUGUUAACAAACUAUUAGGGGUGUAACGAUCCAUCUACUACAUCGAUGUAUCGAUUUAUAUUCAUAUGAUCCAACUACAUCGAUCUGUGCUCGGCGAGUUGGCCUUUUGGACAACAUAUAUCGAUCUAACAUCGUUUUAAAAUGUAAUAAAUCGAUUGUAUCGAUACUAGGAAAUAACCCAUUGGAUUUAAGCACGUCAGACUUUAUAUGCAGGGGUGCACAUAACUGGUACGCAGAUACGCAAGCGCGACAAAAAUCAGGAAUGCGUAAUGCCACUUGUGUUACUACGCGCCUUUGCGUACUUGACCGAUCUUCUCAUCUAACCUUACACAUGACAUGUUGCUUGUCAACUACUGUCAGGGAUGUCCAAAAAGCAACAGACAUUAAGCAGCUUCUUUGGCGUUUUGCCACCUACAAAGAAACGCCAACUGGAGCCAGAGCCGAAGAAAAUACUUUUUUCGGAAAAGUGGCUUGAAGCUAACGAUGAGCGCACUGAAAUGUGGUGCAAGAUUUGCCGCUCAAAUCCACAUCUAGCAGACAAAACAGGUGCAUUUUAUAAAGGCUCAAAGAAUUUCAACCAUCCUUUAUUUGACAAACAUGAAAAGAGCAAGGAGCACACGAAUGUGGCGCAAGCCAUUGCUAAAAGCUAGCCGAGAAUAAAUGUCCAGUCGCCCACUUGCCAGAUAAGCUGAAUGAAGAACAGCGGCAAGCUCUGUUUAAUAUUUUUCUCUUUCCAUAAAGCUAAACACGCACGUCCCAUGUCUUCCUAUUCUGAGGAUGUUCCUUUACUGAAUGCUUUUUGAUGGAUCUGAGGACAUCACAAAAACUGAGCAGGAAAUAGUUUACAUUGUGUCUGUGUCCAGCAACGGAGAGUUUACUUUGGACUUUAUUGGACUGAUUGAAUUGGGUGCUGACCGAACCGCACAGGCCAUAACAGACGGACUUGUGAGACUUUUGGUAAGUUUCAUAAUACCAGAUGGUCUGCAUGGAGUCAUGAAACACUGUUAAAAAUAUCAAGACUAUUGCCAGCCAUUAAAAUGCAACUGGUUACCAGGUAUUUAUUUCAGUCACACUGGUUGAAUUUUGGCUAAAAGGUUACUGAAUCGAUUUCAAGUCACUGAAUCGUUUCGGAUCGUAUCGUUCUAAAUGAACCAAUAUCGUCCUUGAAUCGUAUCGACAACCACGAAUCGUGAUACAAAUCGAAUCGUUGUUAAAACGAAUCGUUACACCCCUACAAACUAUAGUUUUGGCAAGUCGGUUAGGACGUCUACUUUGUGCAUGACACAAGUAAUUUUUCCAACAAUUGUUUACAGACAGAUUAAUUCACUUAUUAUUCACUGUAUCACAAUUCCAGUGGGUCAGAAGUUUACAUACACUAAGUUGACUGUGCCUUUAAACAGCUUGGAAAAUUCCAGAAAAUGAUGUCAUGGCUUUAGAAGCUUCUGAUAGGCUAAUUGACAUAAUUUGAGUCAAUUGGAGGUGUACCUGUGGAUGUAUUUCAAGGCCUACCUUCAAACACAGUGCCUCUUUGCUUGACAUCAUGGGAAAAUCAAAAGAAAUCAGCCAAGACCUCAGAAAAACAAUUGUAGACCACAUGUCUGUUUCAUCCUUGGGAGCAAUUUCCAAAUGCCUGAAGGUACCACGUUCAUCUGUACAAACAAUUGUACGCAAGUAUAAACACCAUGGGACCAUGCAGCCGUCAUACCGCUCAGGAAGGUGACGCAUUCUGUCUCCUAGAGAUUAACAUACUUUGGUGUGAAAAGUGCAAAUCAAUCCCAGAACAACAGCAAAGGACCUUGUGAUGAUGAUGGAGGAAACAGGUACAAAAGUAUCAAUAUCCACAGUAAAACGAGUCCUAUAUCGACAUAACCUGAAAGGCCGCUCAGCAAGGAAGAAGCCACUGCUCCAAAACAGCCCUAAAAAUGCCAGACUACGUACGGUUUGCAACUGCACAUGUGGAAGGAAAAUUAUGUGGAUAUAUUGAAGCAACAUCUCAAGACAUCAGUCAGGAAGUUAAAGCUUGGUCGCAAAUGGGUCUUCCAAAUUAACAAUGACCCCAAGCAUACUUCCAAAGUUGUGGCAAAAUGGCUUAAGGACAACAAAGUCAAGGUAUUGGAGUGGCCAUCACAAAGCCCUGAUGUCAAUCCUAUAGAAAAUGUGUGGGCAGAACUGAAAAAGCGUGUGCGAGCAAGGAAGCCUACAAACCUGACUCAGUUACACCAACUCUGUCAGGAGGAAUGGGCCCAAAUUCACCCAACUUAUUGUGGGAAGCUUGUGGAAGGAUAAUAUCCUUCCACAAGCUUCCCACAAUAAGUUGGGUGAAUUUUGGCCCAUUCCUCCUGACAGAGUUGGUGUAACUGAGCAAUGCUACCAAAUAGUAAUUUAGUGUAUGUAAACGAAAUAAAAGCUGAAAGAAAUAAUUCUCUACUAUUAUUCUGACAUUUCACAUUCUUAAAAUAAAGUGGUGAUCCUAACUGACCUAAGACAGGGAAUGUUUACUAUGAUUAAAUGUCAGGAAUUGGGAAAAACUGAGUUUAAAUGUAUUUGGCUAAGGUGUAUGUAAACUUCAGACUUCAACUGUAUGUAUAGGAUUCCCUUUGUUUGUUAUAGAGGUGAGUCUUAAUUUACUUUAUUUAAGUGAUCUCUUAAGUAUCUUUACUUCUUAAGAUAUCUUAAUCUAAAUAGAUAUUGACUAAAUACUCCCGAGUGGCGCAGCGGUCUAAGGCAUCUCAGUGCUAGAGGCGUCACUACAGACCCUGGUUAAAUUCCAGGCUGUAUCACAAUCCGGCCGUGAUUGGGCGGUGCACAAUUGGCCCAGCAUCGUCCGGGUUUGGCCGGGGUAGGCCGUCAUUGUAAAUAAGAAUUUGUUCUUAACUGACUUGCCUAGUUAAAUAAAGGAAAAAAAUAAAAAUAAAAAACAUAAUGGCCUACUAUAGUAUGGUCAACAUUCAUAAAAUGCAUGUGACAAACGCCACAAAUGUUUGCUGUCAUGGUUACCUCUCAUUGUAACAACAUGACAUGUCUGUGUAUUUCUAUGCUCCUCCCCCCAGUAAAGAAGACCCAGCAGGUGGUGAGAGUGAGGCUGACCCCAAAGGACCAUAACAUGGACCUGACUGAUCCUGACAUGCAGGAGGCCAUCUUGCAGCAGGUUAGUCUCACCCUCUUCGUGAAAGAAGCUAUUUCUCUAUUAUAGUUAUAUUAUGAGCAGAGCAUAGCAUAGCAUAGUCAUACUGUAUUCCGUAACGUUGUGUUCCUCAGAUAAAGAAGGAGCUGAAGGAGAAGGGGAUGUCUGAUGACGUCAAACUGAGAUGGAAGGAGCAGCCUGAUAGAAAGAUCUUCCACAAGGAAGAAAAGAGGGAUCCCCAAAAUAAGAAAAAGAAAGAGAGAAAACCAGUUAUGACAAAGAGAGAACUCUAAACUUGGAAAAUUAUAUUUCUUGAUUUCUGGAAAGUUCUCCUAUAUAUUAUUUGACCUGAUUUUGAGUUUUUUUGGUCUCCAACUAUAUGGAAUUUGCUUAUUGUAUCAGGAAUAAUUGAUACUAUCCUUAAAUAUAUAAUCCGUAUUUGGUGAAACUGCCUCAUACUUUUGUGAUAUUACAACAACAAAGAACUUACUUCAAACAACAAACACUGUCUUUUCCACACAGACGUCACUGCAGGCGCGAUAGAACUCUGUUUCAUCAACAAAACAAAAACAUUAGCGAAGUCGCUGGGGUGAACAGUGGCGCGGAUUAACUAAAUGUGGAUUCUAGCUUUAAGUAAUACAUUGAUACAUUUUUGGGGGGAAGUUUAGAACAUAUAUUAGUAGCGUGUGUAACAUUAUAUGCUGUCGUACUCAUUAACAAUUAAGAGUUUUGUUUCAAUCGGUGAUAUGAUGAUAUGCUAAAUGGUCAACCUUAACCAACACCUAGCAACCUCGUCAAGAGGUUCAGAUCUCUUGGCGUAACGGCUAAUGUGUUUCGUUUGAACGGCGCUAGACCCUGGUUUGAGUCCUGGUCGCCCCCCCCAGAAUUUACUUCAGUAUGUAAAUUAUGUAGGUGAAAUAUGUAUAAAUGAUAUAAAUCAUGUUUGUAAAGUAGUUAUAAAAUACAUUUCAUUUUAACAUUGUAACUCUGGGCAGACAAAUCCUUCCCACUUCUUCAGUGUGAUGAUGUCAUGGACCCUGAUGGUGUUACUGUGAAGGAUUGGGCCUCUAACCUGCUCUGUCCUCAGUCUCCCUUUUUGGUUGCAGGUAGAACCCUUCUGGUUCCUGGCAGAUCCCUUUUGGGUUCUACAUGAAACCCAAAAGGGUUCUAUCUGGAACCAAAAAGGGUUCUAGCUGGGAAAAAAAGGGUUAUUCUAUGGGGACAGCCGAAGAACCAUUUUGGAACCAUUUUUUCAUUCAACACCCCAUUUUGGCAGCCUAAUGCCUAUACUAUAGGGUUGAGCUCAGAGGGCUAACGCAGUCUUAUGGCAAAUACAGAUGACUAGGGUUCAACCCCAGGUGGUCACCUUGGUAGCUGUCUUCAUCAGUGGCCACUGGUAUUUGCUAGGCAAAUUGAGGGAGUGCACCCUGCCAUAGGGAGAGAGGCUAGUCUAUUAGCAUGGUGAGCGAGGCUGAUGGAUGACUUGGAGUCACGGCAGCAGCGGCCAUUUUGUUUCACCUGUGGAAAUGGAAAGAAACUGUAACGCGUCAUUUGGAGGGUUACUUUGCAUCUCAGCCCUCUAAAGGACCACUGCAGAGAGGAGAGGAAACCACUGACCGAGACGACACCAGACACACACACCAAACGGGAGAUCUCAGUCCACAAACCAGAGAACCAGAGAGAGAGACCAGACCAUCUCAACAGGUUCAUAUCUUUGAAUUUGAUUUAGAUUUUCUGAAUCCAAACUGAGUUAUCCAAACAGAGUAAUCAAUGAAAAUGGGGGAAAAAAAUAUUUGUUUGAUGCUUGAAAUUGUUAUUGAACUUUAGCCUUCAACUUAAAUAUGCUUGUUUUUUACUUAUUGAUUUCUGACUAAAUAUGGACCAAAGAAAAUAUUAGAAUGUCUCUAUAAAUUGAUUAAUAGAUUUAACAUUUAAUUGAAUUCAAUGAAUUGAAGGGAUAGUUUUCCCAAUUUUUACACCAAUCGUGUAAUUGUUUUUUAACCUGAAGAGGAAUUAUGACACUUGGGUGCUUGAAGUGGGCUGAAAUGGGUGCCGGUACAACAUUUGAGUGCCAGUACUGUUUAUAUUUAGGUGCGGUAACAAUAUUUUUAAGCCAAUAUUCUAUAAUGGUGCCGGCACUUAAGGAGUUGAACAUUUGAGGUGCCGGAACUCAGUACCAUGACCCAAAUCAAGCACUGGUUUUACUUAGAAAUGUAAUAGUAUAACAGUGUCGCUUCCUUCCCUCUCCUUGCCCCAAGGAGUUAGUAUUAAAACCCUCAUACUACCAAACUGGGGUUAUUUUGAUCCCAGAGCCAUAGUUUUUAUCAUAGCCCAAAGGUGGUUUAUUAAAUUCUUCAAGAUGUUCAUGACUUUGUCAAUCAACUUGUUCUUAGUACAUCAAAAUUAUUGUUUACCGUUUCUGUAUCAAUAUAUUUUUAACAAAAUAAUUUGGGGUCAUUUUGAACCCAGCCAAAAACACCUAAUUCCACGCAUAGUAAUUGCAAAGAUAGGACCUUUAUUUGAAUCUAGGUUUCUCUGGAGACAUAAUAACAGGUUAUCCAUACCACCAGAGGGGUGGAGGGGGACCUGUAUCAGUGAUUUUGACCAGAUAGACAGAUCAUCUGCAGAGUUAUAGCUCCCCAUGUACUCGCCUAAGAUUGUACUUUUCUAUACCAAAUAUAGUAUGACUGUACAAAACCAAAACAACCUUAUUUGUGUGCAUAUAAUACAUCUGCCAAUGGUAUAAAUACUUGAUAGAACUGCAAUACAGAACUCAGAUACACUGAAUCUACACAGAGAGCUGUAUUGGUGUGUAAUAUCCAAUAAGUAUUGUGUUUUGUAACACUAAAACUGGUGGCAACGGAACUUUGCUGGAGGUUUAAACACAUUGGUGUAAGGGGUUAUGAAACAGAUUUAAGGUGUACUGAAUCAUUCAUCCUAAGGUGUUCUGAAACAUGACAUGGUGUGUUGUAACACAACUUAAUCAAGGGUUGUGCAACACCUUGAAAGAGACUGAGCACUAACCCAGAAAAGGUUGAAAACUUUGUUUAGGGUCCUGUGUAGUGCAGAAUUAGAUGCCCUUUAUUUUGGUGUCGUUUCCUCUAAAGCUCCUAAACACUAUGAUGGUGUUUCAAAUCCGGUCUAGUGUAGAAUUAGAUCCCUUCUUCUGGAGUUUCCAAAUGCUGUAAAUGGGAGUCCCUCCUCUUAUUGUGUGUUCCACGCUCCUACAUGGUGUGCUGAUAAACUCCACCACUGUAAUUCCAAAAGGUCAAAUGUACAGUGUUAUGCGCAAACAAAGGAUAUGAGAAAAUAUUGUUUUGUGAAAAUAUGAAUUAACACGUUUCUCGAGGAAAAUAAUGAAUGAGUACAAAAUUACUGUUUGAAGCUUCAAGUGUUUUAUCUUUUCUUUUCAAACGAUCAACUGACAACAAAAUAUUAACAGGUCUUUCACAUUUUUAUAUCGAUAAAGUAACAGUUCAAAGAUCUGUAAGGUAUUAAUCAUGGCAUUAUAUUUCAAGUUCAUGGAACAAAAUACACCAGUCAUCCAUUAUGUUAAUGUCUCUGACCUGAGUCUUCAGACUCAGAUGAUGGUACAUGGAAGGUUGUUCAGAUGGAUUGAAUCACAGUACAGUUGAGUUAGAGGAUAUCAUUGACAGUUGACAGUUCAGUUGGCAUUAGUCUGUGAUCCUUGUCUUGAUUGGCUUUGGUUAGGAUUGCCCAGCCUGUGGGUAAUGUAGUAUAUGUGUUUUUCUGCAGGGAGACAGAAAUGGCAAAUAAUAACACGGAAUAAUGACAGUACAUUAAUGCAUAAUUAGGUUAUUAACUGCUAUAAUAUUAAUAAAUUGCAAUAUUAAUAUACAAUUAUUAUACAUAUCCAUAUGCGAAAUGGUGUUGCUAUACAAAUAUAGCAAGAAGAACAAUAUGAAUGUCAAAUGAAUUGUCAAAAGUGGGAUGCAAUAACAUGUGGCCUGGUAGGCCAAAGGUAAACAAGGCUAAUCAGGCAGUGGCUAUAUAGUGUAGAUUACAAACUGGGUGGUUCGAGCCCUGAAUGCUGAUUGGCUGAAAGCCGUGGUAUAUCAGACCGUAUACCAAGCGGGUGUGACAAAACAUUUAUUUUUACUGUUCUAAUUACAUUGGUAACCAGUUUAUAAUAGCAAUAAGACGCAUUGCGUCGUGCAUAAAAACAGCCGUUAGCUGUGGUAUAUUGGCCAUAUACCACACCCCCUCGUGCCUUAUUGCUUAAAUAUAACGUUUGGGCCAAGCGUAAAAAAAUAUGUAAAGCUCAUAAAGCUAGUAGGCAAACAAACCAGCAGUAUCACCUAAAAAGCAAGCCUUAAUUUGCAUAAAAAACAAGUGCAUGACAUGUGCAAACAAUGACAUUAACAACUACAUGUAGCGUCAAGAAAACUGACCAAUGAAUCAAAAUGGCUGUUUGACUUGUACCACAAGCAUAGAGUGACCAAUAGCAGCCGAAAGGCUAUACAAAAUAAAUGUUAUUGUUUAGUGAAUUCCUUUUCUGUUUCCUUCUUCAAUGUAAUAAUAUUUUGUACUCAUGUUGUCAUUGAAGCAUACUUUCUUAGAUUGUUUUGGAGAGUUUCACCUGACCAUUUGAUGUGCUCUUUCCUGGCUGAGUUCGUGAAGGACCUGAAUACAGGGAAGGCUCCCGCAAACUUGCCUGUUUUUUAUACUUGACCAUAGAGUUUGCUAGAGGGCACAUCAGACAUCAGACCUCAUGUUACCCUUGCUGUAACUUACAUAGCUCUAAACAUUUUGAUUGUAAUUUAAUUUAUAAUUUCAUAAUGGGCCUGGCGACUGUAGCCUAUAAUUAGUGUCAUUGUCUACCCUAGGAAAAGUCUUCAAUUCCCAGUGUCUUCUUUGAAAUGUUAAUUCAAAUAUGUUCUUUACACUAUAAACCAUUGGCAUUUCAAAACCAUUUGAUUGUAUGAGAGACAGUCUGCAAAAGCAUGCUUUUUGUGUUUUGAUGCUGCUUUUUACCAGCCUGGUCUCAUAGACUAGACGUAACAUAGUAUACAUAAAUCCAGUACACUCAAAUUAGUAUGAUAUGUUACGUUUGGUAUGAUUACUUAAGACAGAAACUUACUUAAGGCAAAAACGAAAAGAGGAGGGGUGGAGGGGUGGGCGUAUAAUGCGAACGUCUAGCAACCCAAAGUUUGUGUGUUCAAAUCUCAUCACGGACAACCAUUUUAAAAACGACUUACUUCUUUUGAACUACUUUGCAACUGCUUAGCAUGCUAGAUAGCCCUUCCCCUAACCCUAACCUUAACCCUUUUAGCUAACCCUUCCCUAACCCUAAACUUAACCCUUUAACCUAAAUCCUAACCUUAACCCCUUACCCAUAGCCCGGCUAACGUUAGCCAGCUAGCUAACGUUAUCCAGUUAGCUAAUGUUAGCAUUAGCCACCUAGCCAAUGUUAGCAACAACAAAUUGGAAUUAACAUAUCAUACAACAUGGGUGAUGGACUUCCACAAAUUAAUACAUACCAUACGAAACGUAACAUACAGUGAGGGAAAAAAGUAUUUGAUCCCCAGCUGAUUUUGUACGUUUGCCCACUGACAAAGAAAUGAUCAGUCUAUAAUUUUAAUGGUAGGUUUAUUUGAACAGUGAGAGACAUAAUAACAACAAAAAAAUCAAGAAAAACGCAUGUCAAAAAUGUUAUAAAUUGAUUUGGAUUUUAAUGAGGGAAAUAAGUAUUUGACCCCCUCUCAAUCAGAAAGAUUUCUGGCUCCCAGGUGUCUUUUAUACAGGUAACGAGCUGAGAUUAGGAGCACACUCUUAACGGGAGUGCUCCUAAUCUAAUUUUAUUACCUUUAUAAAAGACACCUGUCCACAGAAGCAAUCAAUCAAUCAGAUUCCAAACUCUCCACCAUGGCCAAGACCAAAGACCUCUCCAAUGAUGUCAGGGACAAGAUUGUAGACCUACACAAGGCUGGAAUGGGCUACAAGACCAUCGCCAAGCAGCUUGGUGAGAAGGUGACAACAGUUGGUGCAAUUAUUCGCAAAUGGAAGAAACACAAAAUAACUGUCAAUCUCCCUCAGCCUGGGGCUCCAUGCAAGAUCUCACCUCGUGGAGUUGCAAUGAUCAUAAGAAUGGUGAGGAAUCAGCCCAGAACUACACGGGAGGAUCUUGUCAAUGAUCUCAAGGCAGCUGGGAACAUAGUCACCAAGAAAACAAUUGGUAACACACUACGCCGUGAAGGACUGAAAUCCUGCAGCACCCGCAAGGUCCCCCUGCUCAAGAAAGCACAUAUACAGGCCCGUCUGAAGUUUGCCAAUGAACAUCUGAAUGAUUCAGAGGAGAACUGGGUGAAAGUGUUGUGGUCAGAUGAGACCAAUAUCAAGCUCUUUGGCAUCAACUCAAUUCGCUGUGUUUGGAGGAGGAGGAAUGCUGCCUAUGACCCCAAGAACACCAUCCCCACCGUCAAACAUGGAGGUGGAAACAGGAUGCUUUGGGGGUGUUUUUCUGCUAAGGAGACAGGACAACUUCACUGCAUCAAAGGGACGAUGGACGGGGCCAUGUACCGUCAAAUCUUGGGUGAGAACCUCCUUCCCUCAGCCAGGGCAUUGAAAAUGGGUCGUGGAUGGGUAUUCCAGCAUGACAUUGACCCAAAACACACGGCCAAGGCAACAAAGGAGUGGCUCAAGAAGAAGCACAUUAAGGUCCUGGAGUGGCCUAGCCAGUCUCCAGACCUUAAUCCCAUAGAAAAUCUGUGGAGGGAGCUGAAGGGUCGAGUUGCCAAACGUCAGCCUCGAAACCUUAAUGACUUGGAGAAGAUCUGCAAAGAGGAGUGGGACAAAAUCCCUCCUGAGAUGUGUGCAAACCUGGUGGCCAACUACAAGAAAUGUCUGACCUCUGUGAUUGCCAACAAGGAUUUUGCCACCGAGUACUAAGCCAUGUUUUGCAGAGGGGUCAAAUACUUAUUUCCCUCAUUAAAAUGCAAAUCAAUUUAUAACAUUUUUGACAUGCGUUUUUCUGGAUUUUGAUGUUGUUAUUCUGUCUCACACUGUUCAAAUAAACCUACCAUAAAAAUUAUAGACUGAUCAUGUUUUUGUCAGUGGACAAACAUACAAAAUCAGCAGGGGAUCAAAUACUUUUUUCCCUCAAUGUAUCAUACUAAAUGGAGUGUUGCGAAUUUACGUACAGAAUAAUACAAACUGCUGUGAUACCAGGUUGUUUUUAAAUGCACUCAAACACCAAAAAUGGUUUUCACAAGACCUGUUCUAAAUUUUAAAAACACCAAUAUUCAGAUUGAAGAACCACUUUGGGUGUUUCAGAGUACUUCCAUUCUGUUUUGAAAUACAUUCUGUGUAUUAUAACACUUACGUUGACUUUACAUUCAAAUACCCUCCAAACACCAGAUCUCAACUUAGGUGGACUACUUUUCAUGGUUUCACUUCACAAUUAUGGUAUUUUGAGUCUUUCUAUUUUAAAUGGAAACUUCAUAUUCAUCAUCUCCAGCACCACCCCAACAUCAACAUAUGUGAAAAUGGUGCGUUUCUAAGUUUUGUAGUAAAAAAGACAGAGGAAGAUAAGUGUUUCCAAUGACAUCAUCAACCAAUUAGUAGACAAUUAGUAGGCAAUGCCUACUCAUAAUUGAUUAAAAUCACACGAUAAACACUGAUGAUGUAAUUGGAAACACUUAUCUUCCUCUGUCUUUUUUACUACAAUACAUAGAAACGGACCAUUUUCACAUAUGUUGAUGUUGGAGUGGUGCUGGAGAUGAUUGUGGAGAUGAUGAAUAUGAAGUUGAAAAAUAAUGAAAUUGCAAAAUGUCCCUUUAACAGUGUAGUUAUUCUAGGGCAAAUCUUUAAAAAUAUUUAUUUGAAUCCAGGUUUCUUUGGAGAUAUACAUACUGUAUCCUCAGAGGGUAUCAGUGAUUUUGACCAGAUGGACAGAUCACCUGCAGAAAUAAAGCACCUUAUUUACUCAACUAUGGUUAUAACUGGUUAUAACUAGUUGCAAUCAAAACAGCUCAUAAAAGUCUGUCAGUGGUAUGAAUACUUGGUAGAACUGUAAUACAGAAACCAGCUACCCCCUGAAUGUACACAUAGUGCUGUAUUGGUGUGUAUUCUAUGAAAAAUAUUUAUAUAAAUACCAGAAUUCCUAUAAUCCCCUCCAAUAUUCUAUAUGUACAACUUGUUAAGGUAUUUGGUUUGGAGUGAGUUUGAAGAUUUGGGCAAGCUUUUUGAAGCAUCUUGGGGUCAAGUUGGUAAUCCAUGUACGUAAAAUAUGUUGGUAGUAUUGAGGGUUAAAAUUCUAAGAAAAGCUCAUUACCCCUCUCAAGGUAUGAAAACAAUUUAGAUAGAAAACUAUUAAUCUCAACAUUGAAAUGUUUUUUCCCCAAUCAUUUUGGAGCAAAUUUCAUAUGUAACUGGUACAUUUUCAAAACGCAGCUGAUAACACGUAUAUUCCAUUGUGAAAAGCAGAUACUGGUCCUCUGUAGCUCAGCUGGUAGAGCACGGCGCUUGUAACGCCAAGGUAGUGGGUUCGAUCCCCGGGACCACCCAUACACAAAAAAAUAAAUAAAAAUAAAAUAAAUGUAUGCACGCAUGACUGUAAGUCGCUUUGGAUAAAAGCGUCUGCUAAAUGUCUUAUUAUUAUUAUUAUUAUACUUAGAUCUGAAUAUGUAUUGAAAGUGAGAGUGAUUUGGUUCAGUGGACAAGAGACUUUGUGAAUUUUGCUGUACUCUGUCAAUAGAAAAUGUGUUUAAAGUUUUGAAACAUAAAGGAUUUUGAUGGUCUGUUUAUAUUUUUGUGCUAAGAGUUGUGACAAUUGUGCACAUACUUGCACCAAAGCUAUUGAAUUAAAAAACUGUUUAUAAGUUGUAAGUCCCUGUUAGCAACCACUAAUGUAAGAAAUAGAUGCAAUAUCUAUAAUAAAUAUAUGUAUACUAUAACAUUACUUAUUUUAAUUAUAUUUUAUUUAAUAAUCCCUUUUAUGUUCCAUUAGAGGAAACACUGUCAGCCAGACGAUGGGGAGAAUCAUUCUCUUACUGUUUCUAACAGGUCAGUACAGUAAAUUAAUAGUGUGUGUGUGUGUGUGUGUGUGUGUGUGUAAAGCAUAUGUCUGUGUGUGUAAAUUAUAUUUCUGUGUUAGCUCUGGGUGGAGGUUUGUAGUCAUGUAAACAAUAGAUAAUCAUGCACUAAAUGAUAGUUUUGUUCACAGGGCUGUUUUUAUCCUGUCCAUGCCUCCCUUAUCAGUACUACUUUGUGAACAUGGGCAAGAACUGGACUGAAGCACAAGCCUACUGCAGAGAUAAGUACACUGACAUGGCCACCAUAGACAACAUGGAGGAUAUGAACAGAUUGUUGAACACAGAACAUUUUGGUGAUUACAGUGAUACUGUCUGGAUAGGGCUGUAUGAUGAUGUUAACAGCUGGAGGUGGUCCCUGGAAGACAGCGACUACUACAGUAAGGGUGGGGCUGAGUUUAGAAACUGGCAGAAUGGACAACCUGAUAAUGUGAACAGUAAUGAACACUGUGUGGUCAUGACUGAGGGUGGGGAGUGGCAGGAUGAAGAUUGCAACAAGAUACUUCCCUUCAUCUGCUACACCUCCAUCGGUGAGAAAGGUGUUUUUCAUUUCUGUAUUUCCACUUUUUUUGAUUUUCAACUAUAAUAUAAUACUGAAUACUCAAACAUGCAUACUAUGUACACUGAUGGGCACAACUACAAGUAUAGCCUCAGUGUAGUCAAGUUAAAUGUAUUUGAAGUCUAAACUGUAGAUUUGUAAGAAAAUACCGGUAACACUUCAUUUUAAGGGGUCCUUAUUACAGUGUAAUUACAUGUGUAAUAACACUGCAACAGGUAUUGUAGUUAAUUGUAAUCAUUCCUAGUUACACUGUCAUAACAACAUGUAACUGGUGGUAUUGGCAGUCUGUAAUUUCAGAGGUGUAACAACAAAUGCUUGUUACCAUGCUUGUUUCCACUGAAUUCACCAAUUUAGGGUUUUGUUUAUUCUCAGCUGCAUCCAAUUCAGUAACAACAGUCACAAGGUUAUAAUCUCUCGUGGACAGAUGCGCUGGAUGUCCAAGAUGAAAAAGAUUGGAGGCUCAAUAGGCUCUAAUAACUCCCAAAAGUGCAUCAUCUGGGUUAACUUGGUUGAGUUUCCAAAAACAGAUCAGAUAUAGGACAACUGCACUGACUGGGGUCUACCCAGAUUAUGUAUAUUUUUUAAAGUACUUAUAAUGAAUGUGUAUGUUGCCCAUUAUGACAACCUGAACCUCCUUGCCAUCCAAGUGGGAGGAUAAACCUACAAGUACAACACAGAGGACAUAUAAUAUCUGCACAAGUACAAUGUAAUUACUACAUGUUACACAGGAUUUAGCAAGUUAAAAUUAAGUGUAUCUUGAAGGGUACUUACUUGUAAUUAAUGAGUACAUAUAAAAUACAUUACCCAUCCUAACAGCUUCAGGAAGCGACAUGCAAGUGGGAGGAUAAACACACUAGUACACCACAGAGUACAUGUAAUAUCAAAUCAAAUUGUAUUUGUCACAUGCUUUGUAAUACAACAAGCGUAGACUAACAGUGAAACAUUUACCUGCCUAAGUACAAUGUCAUUCUUAGGUGUUACACAAGAUUUAGCUAGUUAAAAUGAAGUGUAUAUUCAGGAGUAGUUAAUUAUUGUGUAUCUACAUAGUACGCUACCUACAUACAGUGCCUUCAGAAAGUAUUCAGACCCCUUGACUUUUUCCACAUUUUGUUAUGUUACAGCCUUAUUCUAAAAUUGAUUAAAUUAUGUUUUUUCCUCAUUAAUCUACACACAAUACCCCAUAAUGACAAAGCGAAGACAGGUUUUUAGAAAUGUUUGCAAAUGUUAAAUUUUUUUAAACAGGAAUACCUUAUUUUCAUAAGUAUUCAGAACCUUUGCUAUGAGACUUGAAAUUGAGCUCAGGUACAUGUUUCCAUUGGUCAUCCUUGAGAGGUUUCUACAACUUGAUUGGAGUCCACCUAUGGUAAAUUCAAUUGAUUGAACAUGAUUUGGAAAGGCACACACCUAUCUAUAUAAGGUCCCACAGUUGACAGUGCAUUUCAGAGCAAAAACCAAGCCAUGAGGUCGAGGGAAUUGUAUGUUGAGCUCCGAGACAGGAUUCUGUCGAGGCACAGAUCUGGGGAAGGGUACCAAAACAUUUCUACAGCAUUGAAGGUCCCCAAGAAUACAGUCGCCUCCAUCAUUCUUAAAUGGAAGAAGUUUGGAACCACCAAGAGUCUUCCUAGAGCUGCCCGCCUCCCUGACCAAGGCCCUUCUCCCCCGAUUGCUCAAUUUGGCCGGGCCGCCAGCUCUAGGAAGUCUUGGUGGUUCCAAACUUCUUCCAUUUAAGAAUGAUGGAGGCGACUGUAUUCUUGGGGACCUUCAAUGCUGUAGAAAUGUUUUGGUACCCUUCCCCAGAUCUGUGCCUCGACAGAAUCCUGUCUCGGAGCUCAACAUACAAUUCCCUCGACCUCAUGGCUUGGUUUUUGCUCUGAAAUGCACUGACAACUGUGGGACUUAUAUAGAAAGGUGUAUUCCUUUCCAAAUUAUGUCCAAUCAAUUGAUUUUACCACAGCUGGACUCCAAUCAAGUUGUAGAAACAUCUCAAGGAUGAUCAAUGGAAACAGGAUGCACCUGAGGUCAAUUUUUUGUCUCAUAGCAAAGGGUCUGAAUACUUAUGUAAAUAAGGUAUUUCUGUUUUUUAUUUUUAAUACAUGUGUAAAAAUCUCUAAAAACCUGUUUUCACUUUGUCAUUAUGGGGUAUUCUGUGUAAAUUGGUGAUGAUUAUUUUUUUAUAAAAAUCAAUUUUAGAAUAAGGCUGUAACGUAACAAAAUGUGGAAAAGGUCAAGGGGUCUGAACACUUUCCGAAGGCACUGUACAUGGGGGAUUGGAAAUUAUGCAGACAAUUAUAUUGAUAGAAGUCAAUAUUAAAGCUGAUCUGCCCCCUAAAAAUCAUUGCAGCAUGUAAAACGACCUUAAAUCUCUAACAAAAUAAUACAGAUUUGUAUUGUUGGAUAAUUUUAUUAAUUAGAAUAAACAAAGACAUAGGCCUUUAUGAUAUCAAUAACAUAAAAUAGCUAUUUUAGUGGUGACUGAAAUCUGCAGGCUAUAGUUCGUUUUUCUCCCCUUUUUAACAUUACAAGUAGCAGGAAGUCGACAACGUCUGUAUCUUAAUCUGUUUCUUGUAAGCAUUUUCCCAUCCUGGAAUCUGAGAUCUUGUGGGAAUCUGUUGUAGAGAAGAAGAAUUUACUACAAUUGUGCAAAGUCACUCUACAAUUAGUCUACAAGCUAAGCUAGCAAUCUAUCAUCAGAGACAUAGAACUCUUCCUCCAAUAUCUCUACUAUUAUUAAUGUCAUGAUUUCUAUCAUUUAAGGUUUAGGUCUAUAGCUAGGCCUAGCUACCUAGUUGUUGUGUUAUCCAUCUAGUAUUAUACUAAUAAUGGUGCUUGCUAACAUUAAUAAACUAGCUAGUGUUUACAUUGAAAAGGAACUACUCAUAGGUGUGUUGACACAACUAGCUAGCUAACGUUAACAUGCUGGGUGUGUCUCACGUAAUAGCAUUGGGUACGGAUACCCUGAGAACCAGGUUCAGGGAAGAUAAGACCAUCGAGUCCAGCUAGCUAGCUAUUUGCCAGCUUUAGGUAGCUAGUUAUCUAACGUUAGCUGUCAAGGAAUGUAAAGUAUAUUCUGUGGAUGUUAACUAAGUUGGAGAGCUAGCUGGCUAACCAAGUUUGUAGGCCUACAAACACGGAAGCUAACAUUUGCUUGCUAGCUAACAAGUUUUUGGUAUUCUGCUGGAUGAUUUAGCAUAUGUAACGUUAGUUGGCUAGCUAGCGUUUGCCAGCUAGCAAGCUAUCUUUAGCUAGCUAGCCAACAUUAGGCUAGCUAGCUGGCAAGUGCUAGCUAGCUAACUGCAUAGCGCUAUGCUAAAUUGUCCAGCACAAUUUCUGUAUCCAAAAAGCAAAACAAAUUGCAUGGAAAACCUGCCUUCUCUAUCCUGUGUGGACGUUUUUGUCUCCUCUACAACACUUUGUUUCUUUCCCGGCAAUCUCAUGUCUUUCCCGGCAAUCUCAUGUCUGGAUUUUGCACACAACCUUCUUCUCGAUCCCGGUUCUUUGCGCACUGUCACUAUGACUCAAUGGGCUUGUUCCAACAUUGCAGCCGACAGUGUAGGCGACUGCCGACUGACUGAUCUACAAAGAACCUUACAUCAUAAAUAACUACUCAUUAUUAUUUGUAGACCAGUCAGUCAGUCAGUCACAAUUUUCCCAUGAUACAUUACAGUUUUGAUCCUCUUGAAAACGAGCAUUGCCAAUACAAAGUGUGGGCACGUUCGAGGUCGUCCCUGUUUCGAGCACGUUGCGCAGAUGGGCAGAUCUUGACGUGGUGCCUUAAUUAAUUCCUGGGAUAAAUAAAUAAGUGCACAAAUACAUCCCAUCCAAAGGUGAGAAUGUUCUUCAACCGUGAAACCCUUUCAAGAUUACAAGAUGAAAUAAGAGGUUGUCUUAUGACCAUUUAUAGAACAUUCUUAAUAGGCUUACAAUUUUGCAAGCACUGAAUGAUUAUCUCACAAUUUUUGCCAUAACAGUUUAUUAAUGUGUUACAUUUUAGUAGACGCUCUCAUCGCUCUUUGAUUAAUGCUUAAUAUAGUAAUUUGCCUGUUGUCAAGCCCCGCCCUCCUUAGCUACUGUUGCUUUCCAGGUCAAAUGCAAUGUGAGAAGAUUUAACAAUUUAAAUAUAUAUAUAUAUAUAUAUAUAUAUGUAAGCCCCCUGUUUUUGCCAUAGCACUCAUAAGCUUCCAUGCAUUUCCAACGAGACCUGGGCCUGGGCAUCAGACUCCAGAGCCAUUUAUAGUAGAUUUGUGUCAAUGAGGUGGUUGGUUUUCAAUUGGAUAAUACUUUAACAUGGUUUGUGCAGGCUGACAAAUGGUGUGUUCGGUUCGGAUGCUAUCGGAAACUUAAACAUUUGUAACUAGCAUGGUAACAAACAUUUAUUGUUACACCUCUGUAAUACAGACUGCAAUUACCAUCAGUUACAUGUUGUUAGUGCAGUGUAACUAUGAAUUAGUACAAUUAAUUACAAUACUUGUUACAGUGUAAUUACAUUUGUAAUUACACUGUAAUAAGGACCCUUUCAAAUGAAGUGUUACCAAAAUACCCACCCAUCGUGAUUUCAAAAUCCAUCCACUAUUUGCAGGUGAGACAACAAACAGGCUGAUAUUUAUCUUUGUGAAUGAAUCAAUAAAAACGUUCAGUGAAGCUCAGAGCUACUGCAGAGGGCACCACACAGACCUGGCCAGUACCUCUCCUGUAGCCCUUAUUUAUACAUUCAUAAAGCCUUUAUAACAGCUACAUAAGACAUUAUAACAUCAGUCAUAGGCAGUCAUAAAUAUUUAAAGUAACAGUAGCCACCACUAACAAAUUAAUUUUAUAUUUUCUAUGGUAUUUCCAGGUAAGAAUAACAGCCAUGUUUUCAUUGAGAGUAAGAAGAACUGGUCUGAAGCUCAGAGUUACUGCAGAGAGUCCCACACAGACCUGGCCAGUGUGAGGAACCAGACUGAGAACCAGGAGAUACAGAAGAUGGUGUCUGAGGGUAGUACAGUGUGGAUCGGCUUGUUCAGAGACUCCUGGAAGUGGUCGGACGGGAGUGCCUCCUCCUUCAGAUACUGGUGGCCUGAACAACCCAACAAUAACAACGGACUGAAUCAGUCUUGUUGUGCUGCAGUGUACAAAAAAGAACAGACCGACAGAUGGUUUGAUUGGAACUGUAACGACAUAAAACCCUUUGUUUGCUACAGUGGUGAGUUAGUUUAAACUCCUCUACUAAAGAAGUGUUUCCCAGUCCUGGCCCUGGGGACCCAAAGGGGUGCACAUUCAUUCAUUAGUUUAAUCAAGCGUGUUAGUGCUCGGGCAAAAACAAAAAAUUUGGGAAACAGCCAAGAUUGGGAAACACUGCGCUAACGUGAAUAACAGCUGGAUUUCUUGUAAAAACAAAACAAAAAAACUUGAAUGUUUGGGUCUACACUUUCCCUUCACUUUACUUUGUAACAUGCACUGCGAUCAACAUGACAAAAGUUUUAUCCACACAUCUGUGUAUUUCUGUGCUCCUCCCCCCAGUGAAGACGACACAGCAGGUGGUGAGAGUGAGGCUGACCCCAAAGGACCAGAACAUGGACCUGACUGAUCCUGUUGUGCAGGAGGCCAUCUUGCAGCAGGUGAGUCUCACGUCAUGCCAAUUAGCUCCAUAAUGCACAGGGGUGGCAGGUAGCCUCGAGUUUAGAGCGUUGGACCAGUAACCGAAAGCCCUAAUUGCUCCAGUGGUGUUGUACAAUGGUUAACCUGCCUGUGACCCCACUCCUUGCAGGUGUCUCAGGGGGAAUUGGGAUAUGCAGGAAACACAUUUCCAUUACACACAUGUGCGUAACAGGACAAUUAUAAGCACCCCCCCAAAAAAGUAUUAAGUAUAUUGCUUCAUUAUAUUUGUCUAGCCCGGCAUAUUAUCCUAAAGACUCAUUAUGUUCAACAGAUAAAGAAGGAGCUGAGGGAGAAGGGGAUGUCUGAUGACGUCAAACUGAGAUGGAAGGAGCAGCCUGAUAGAAAGAUAUUUCACAAGGAAGAAAAAAGGGAUCCCCAGAAGAAGGAGAGGAACCCAGUUAUGACAAAGAGAGAAUUCUAA